AUGGAAUCUGUCCCAGGCUCUCCUGGCCCCUCAGUGACCAGCGACUCCCCCGUCCCAGCCGGAGAACUGCAGAAGAUGCUGGACGAAUGUACGCAGGCUAUCCAGGAACUGCACCUCCAGAUUGCCGAACUGGAGGAAUUGGUACAGAAGCAGAAACGCACCAUCAGCCACCAGAGCAAGGUCAUCUCCGACCCUCGAGUGCAUCGUGCCGUUCCCAUCAUACCGUUAUUCCCCUUGACGCCGCAACAUCCUGGUCCCAGCCUAGUCGCCUCCCCAUUCACCCCUCAGUCGGGGCUCUCCCCGGGGUCGAGUAUCUUCGAUCGACCUCCACCUCGGUUUUCUCUGUCCGAGAGUCCCGAUCCAUUCGCUCCUAGUCCUGGACCUAAUUCUACAAACCAACCGAAGGAAGGAUGCAACUGUCCCCAUAUCUGCGCACUAUUUGACACCGACACUACGAUUUCCACGCUCUCGAUCCGGUUCCGCAACCUGUACCAGCGCACGGAGAUCUGGGGCUAUACGCAUGCCAAUGUGCCUCAGAUCCGCAAGGAUAGUCGACUGGAUGCGCAGAAAAAGGAAUAUCUUAUUGCUUUGGCGGAUCGGUCGCAGGUGUCAGCACUGUUGGGUGACACCAGCACUCGGUAUUACCUCGUGGCCAAGGCGCUUAAUUAUUAUUUGGUGCAGGAAAUCUUGAAGAUCAGCGUGGCGAGACUGUAUGAUUCGUUGGAGGUGGAUCUUCGAAGUGCCAAUACUCCACUGAUGCGUCAACUCGCAAUCCUCGCCACCGUCUCUCGCACCAAAGACGUAAUCGACCAUCCCGGCUUCCAAACCUUCUACCAGGAAAAAUGCAGCGCUCACGUCGCCAAACUGUGGCAGUACGUGGGCCCGCUCUGCUGUGACUCAUUCGAGACAUCGUCGACGGCAUGGCAGGAGCUGGGAAACAUCGUGCGCGAGGCGCAGUCGCUGGCCAUCGAUAUGCAGGUGGCGCCGUUGGAGUAUCAUUUCGACUUUCCCGAGCCGAACGAGUCGUUCGAGCCCACCACGAUGAUCAACCACGAUCGGUAUAUUCGAGGGGAUCCGACGGGGUUGAAGAAUCAAGACUUCCGUGUCAAAUUGGGCGUGUCGCCGAUAACGAGGAUUCGGAAUCAUGCCGUGCGACCGGCGGAGUACGGAUUAUCACCGGAGGAAUCGCUGCUGCUGCGUGAGACGCAACGCGGUUGCACGACGCCAUUGGCGGCCAGCAGACUCAGUGUCACCACCGAUCCUCCAUCCAUUGGUUGGCUCCGUAGCCAGCAUCCAGCAGGAAGUAUUUAUGAGGCGACCGUGGGCGAUCACCACGGCCAAUGGGUCAGUCGUGCAGAUACUCCACGACAGAGCAGGGCGAAGCAGCAGCAACAGUAG